GCCGCGCUGCGGCCGUAGGCAGGCCAGGUACGAGUUGGACAUGGAAGCAGCCCGAAGCCCCAACAUGGCGGCCGUCGCGAUGCAUUCCUCUCGCGCUUGAAGUCGUGGAAGUCGUCGUGAGUGUUGCGUGUGGCGUGUCCGAUGCCAACGCGUGUCCGCCGCGCGUCGAACCCGUGUCCGCCAAGCCGUCGCGCGAGAAGCGAGUGAACCGAGAGCCGCCAGCAGCGCGUUGCCGUAGUGGAUUACCCGUUCAACAGGCAUAGGAGCCAAGCAACACUGAUUCAACAUGCCAUACCAACGAAGUAGCAGUGUCCAUUCCAAUGGCUAUUCAACAGAUGGCCGUGCAAAUGAGGUCAGCAGUGGGUCAAAUGAAGCUGCCCCCACUUACAUUAUGGAGCAUUUGGCAACUUUUACUGUAUCAGAGGAAACAGGAAUAGUUUACCCUGCUGAUGGUAUGAGACGCCUUCUUGAACUCGAGACAUCCAAUGGAAUUUGGUGCCAGAAGAUGCAGCUUCGACUAGACCAAAAUUGGGUUCUAAUUAUGGACUAUGAAUCAGGCGCUGUAAUGGAAAAAUUCCCAGUUGCCUUGAUUCAAGAACCCACUGCCUUCACAAGCAAUGACCCCAUGGAUAUCUAUAACAACAUCUUGGUAUUCAUAGUUGGUGAUGAAAAGACAAGCAACUCUCGCUCUGAGAUGCAUAUUUUCCAGUGCCAGAGUAUUUCAGCCCAAGAACUUGUAGAUGACCUAAAAAAUCUGAGAAUGGGCAAGGCUCCAUUAGCUCGCCGCACCCGAAACAUCCCUCCACCACCACCUACCCCUCCUCCAGAGCCCCCUUUGAAUGGAGUAAAUGUUCGGGAGCAAGUUAAUGCUUUCAAUGCAGCUUCUCACCGUGCUGAAGUGUUCCCCAGAGAAGCAAGGGAAUCCACCGGGAGAGACCCUGCCACAUUGUCACUUAAUGAUGAAACAAGCUCAACAUCCAGUGAGAAGUAUGAGCGGGAUGUCAUAAUUUUAAAUCAUUGUUUUGAUGACAUUGAGAAGUUUAUUGCUCGUCUUCAACAUGCCGCAGCAGCAUCUAGAGAACUAGAACGUAGACGGAAGAACCGUAAAUCAAAGAAGAAGGACAUGGGUGAUGGAAUGCUGACAAUGCGGGCCAAACCACCCCCAGAAGUUGAAUUUGUUGAUAUUUUCCAGAAAUUUAAACUAUCUUUCAAUUUACUUGCUAAGCUGAAGGCGCACAUACACGACCCCAAUGCUCCAGAACUAGUUCAUUUCCUAUUUACUCCCCUUGCCCUGAUUGUUGAUGCAUCACAUGAUACUCACUAUGGGCCUAAUCUGCCUGCCAAAGUGGUUUCACCACUCCUCACGAGAGAAGCAGUCAAUCUUCUCAUUAACUGUGUCACCAGUAAAGAAACUGAACUGUGGCACUCACUAGGAGAUGCUUGGCUAGUGCCCAGGGACCAGUGGAAAGGCUAUGUUGCACCAUAUCACCCCCUAUUCAUGGACGGCUGGUCUCCAGAAUUCCCAGUUUUAGACGAGAGGGAACAUGCUUCCACCUCAAUGGAGGCCAAGAGGACACAUGCUGAGGAGAUUCGUGCAGCUCAGCAAAAUGCUGAUUAUGGUCGAGACAAUGAGCCGCACUAUGGCAGCGACUACUUUGAUGAUGAGCUAGAGGCAGUGCCCAAUGAUUCUGCACGUUUCUACAGGGACCGGCCCAAACGCUACAGCAGGGAUGAAAGGGAGAGGUCGCAAAGCCCUGGGAGCUCAGACCGAGACUACCCAUCGGGCCCUCCACUGCCCCACAGAGAUAUCACAGCCCGAAGUGACAUUUCAGCUGAUUCCAUUGAGCGGAACGGCAGUGUUCCAAUGGGACCCCCCAUGGCUGGUGGACCGGGGCACGCUGGGCCCGACAGCCAGCAGCGGUUCGAGAGGGCACAGUUUAAGUGGUUGCAAGAUUUAAAAACAACGGGUGCUAAAGUAGUUCAAGUCACCUACCCCCGAACUGCAAAUAACGACAAGGAACUGACAGUCAUCCGAGGAGAAUACUUAGAAAUCUUAGAUGACAGCCGGAAAUGGUGGAAAGCACGAAACAGCCGCGGUCAGAUCGCUCACGUACCUCACACUAUUGUUACUCCUCCAGCUGCUGAGGCAAGUGAAGUAUUCAGUAACCCCGUGUACGCCCCGCAGUACCGCACUGACCGAGAUGGGAGUUCACCCCCCUCCGCUGCCCCUCCAGCGACUCCUGAGUGGCACCACUUUGAAAGGCAAGAAAAGGCAAGACAAGGCAAAAAAGCGAGGCCGGCGCUGCCGCAGAUCCCCAUGCCGCCGCCGCCCCCUCCGAUGCCCGGCUCCCCGGGGGGCCCGCCGAGCCCCACCCCCGUGAACGCGAGGCGCAACGUGGUGCUGCAGCUGAGGACCAGCCCCCCGGGCACGCCUCUGGGCACGCCUCUGGGCACCCCGGCCGCGCUGGCCAGGUCCACCAGCUCCACCAGCGACACGCCGACGCUCACGCCGCCCAUGACGCCGACGACGCCGCAGGACAGCGAGGUCUUCGGCCGGCCCAUCAACGAGAUGACGGCGCACGAGCUGCAGCGGGUGCAGCUGGAGCUGAUGCAGCGCCUCUCGCAGACGCCCAAGCUGGACAUCGUGCGCACCCCCGACGUGCCGCUCAGCCCCAAGGCCUCCAAGCAGGAGGUCAUGGACUGGCUCACCAUCAAGGGCCUGCAGCCGGCGGCGGUGCAACUGCUGUCGGGGCUGGAGGCCGGCACGCUGCUCACCCUCCAGAAGGACGACCUGACGAAGCUGCUGCAGAACGUGGAGGACCGGAGGACCAUCAGUCGCCUACACUCGCAGCUCCUGAAGCAGCGUGCUAUCAACAAGUUCAGCACCAUCGGCUCCGCCGAGUUCAAGGCCGCCCUCGCCAAGCGGCGCCGCAAGGUGGACGAGGCCCUGGUUGAGGAGGACGAGGCCAAGACCGCGUCCGCCACGGCGUGCUAGGCGACGACGACUGGGAGGACCACGGCGUGCUCGGCGCGCGCCGCCCGCUGCAGGCGUGUUACUGUAUCGACUGUACUUGGGUGUUACAUAGAUAGCAAAUGGCAUGGGCCUUGUGGGUGUCAAGGACACGAACGGCGCACUUGAUUUCACGACGAUGUUCUUAAUUUUCGACUUUGGUGAUAAUAAAGAUAAUAGUUAUAAGUUCACAGCUUUA